GUCGCCAUUUUGUUUGUUUUUGCUAAUUUGAACUCAACGAGCGAGUUUAGGACGGACGGACGGACGGACGAACGGAUCAUGUCUUGUUGAAACGACGACUACGGACUACUAGCAACUACCCACGGCAUUUAGUAAGCAGCGAACAUGACAGGAGCCAGUAAAGGAAAGAAGUGUAUCGAAAGAGACUACGGGACGUCCGGAUUGAGACGUGCACAGACAACUACACUUUUCAGAGCUGUCAACCCCGAACUCUUCAUCAAACCCAAUAGACCAAUGAUGGCUUUUGGACUGGUUACCAUCACCUUGUGUGUCGGUUAUCUGGGCUACCUCCAUGCUACGGGAGAAAACAAUCAGCAGCUUUACGAGGCCAUCGACAGUGAAGGAGAGAGACUGAUGAGAAAGAGAACAUCCAAGUGGACGUGAAAACAGUACUGAAGAGGGAGCAACAGCAGUGUGUAAAUACUCUUGUUAAUUUACACAAACAUAGUUGCUCCAUUAGAGCAAAGCCACGGCAACUGGUAACUUACACAUAAGGCACAGCUCAUGACAUAUAGAUACUAGGGGUGUAAAUCGCGGGUUUUGUCACGAUACGAUAUAAUAUCGAUAUAAAGAACUGCGAUACGAUAUUUGCCGAUAUCUUAAAGCCUGCUGCGAUUCAUUCACGAUAUAUCGCGAUAUAGUGCUCUACGAUCGAUUUUUUUUUUUUAAUAAAAAAUAUAGAACAAUAUCCUGAUUUAUAACAAUUCAUACGCAAAAUCAACAAGGUACUGCAAACUCUUUAUUUAGGAAAUUACAAGAGUAUUGUAGUAUACAAAUUGCUUACUUUAACACUGAACUUUGAUGUCGUGUUUUUUCUUUAAAUGUGCGGCGAGAUUUGUGCUCCCUGAAUAUUUGAUCACCGCAUGGCAGGAUUUACAAACUGCACGUGUCUUGUCCGUUGAGCCAUCUUUUCUUUGGAAUCCAAAGUGCUUCCAAACGAAUGACUUGAAGCCUAAAGGGGAGCAAAUUUCCUCGUCUUUUUGGACACUAGCCAUAGCACCAGCCCAGGAGCCGCGUACUAGUUGUCGCCUCCCCUUUCACGCGCGUGCUCUGCCCACAACACAACAACGCCGGGCGCACUGCUCCCAGAAAGAGGAAGCAAGCAACAAUCAACUGGAUUUCAAAAUAAAGUCGCGUCUAAUGUCCGAGGUCAAACACGGCGAUAUAAAUCGAUGUUUACCUUUAGCAUCGAUGCCAAUAAAUCGUAGAGCAUUAUAUCGAUUAAUCGAUGUGUAUCGAUGUAUCGUUACACCCCUAAUAGAUACAAAACAUUCAGUAGAUAAGUAGACAUUCAGGUGAUAACAGAACAAAUGUCUGCCUUAUGAGGAUAUGUUUUUCCUUCUUUUCUGCAACCUUUUCUUCUAUUCCGUAUUCCUGCUUGUGGACAGUAUAAAACCUUCUGAUCUGGAGUCUGAUGUUUUUUUCCAUCUGCUGAAGUGCAUUGUGUACCGACUCCCGUAAAACAACCCAAGAUCUUGCAAAUAAAAAAACAACUAUUACUCCA